AUGCUCUGUAUCGAAUGUGGAAAUCCCACCAUCGAUUGUUUAUAUUCCAAAUACGAGAGUGAUUAUAUCAAGUUGACUAUAUGUGAUCGAUGUGGUAAGAUUGCUGAUAAGUAUAUUGAGUAUGAUAAUGUCAUCUUGUUCAUCGAUUUGUUGUUGCUUAAACAACGCGCGUAUAGACAUUUGGCGUACAAUGUUAAUGAAACAGAUAUGCUCAAAGAUCCCGCGGUAGGUGUAGUGAGGGCAAAAAACACGAGCGAUGCAGUACUGUCACGGUCACGAUCAGAAAGUCAGUCACAGCAUCUGUUUGUCUGGAGAUAUAAGAGGAUGCUACGAUUCAUAUUGCUUAUAAUUCUCUUUGAAGUAUAUUUAAAAUGGGCCUAUGAAGAGAGGAAAUCAGUGCCGACUAUUACCAUGCACUAUAUCCUUAAUCGGAGUGUACCAAUUCAGUACUUGUACUUUAUUGCCAAUGUGUUAAUUGAACAGAUAGUACUGAAUGUCACUAUUCUUAUCCUCUUUAGAUACUUACUCAAUUGGGGACACGUUACCAGUAUCAACUUGAAGGAUCAGUUCCAGUAUGGUUAUCAAACAUGUGUGCUUUUAUCCACAGUAUUGACAUCCAGUUCUAUCAAAUUAUUCCCCAUACUAAUGCUCAUAUGGCCUUAUGAUACCACAUCUAUUUCUGCAUCUAUUAUAAAUUUGAUUGGAUAUUUGUAUACAGUAGAAGCCCUAAGGAUUGUAACUAACAAGUCGUACAUUUCAAUAAUAUUUAUAUUGAUUGUAUCGGUAGUGCUUCAGUUGGGAUUGACCAAUGGGAUUCUAUUACUGAUUGUAUCUAAAGUAUCAGGUAUUGAAUUGACUGAUAUGCUCCAUAGUGAUUAUGAUCAAUUUCUACAAUUACUUGAACAGUAUAGAGUGGUAAUCCGAGUGCUUCAGGAUAGUCUAUAA